AUGGCUUUGAUAUCCAAUUGGAAGCUUGCUUUUGUAGCUCUACUAGUGUUAGGAAUCUGGGCUUCUCAAACCGCAUCUCGUGACUUGAACGAAGCAUCAAUGGUCCAGAAACACGAGUACUGGAUGACUCGCUUUGGACGUGUGUACAGAGAUGAUGCAGAGAAGUCAAAGAGGUUCAAAAUAUUCAACGACAAUGUUGAUUAUAUUGAGUCAGUCAACAAGGCAGGAAUUAGGCCUUAUAAGUUGGGCAUCAACGAAUUUGCAGAUUUGACAAAUGAGGAAUUUAGAGCGACUCACAACGGAUACAAAAUGUCUUCUCAUCAGAAGUCAUCAAAAACCAUAUCAUUCAGGUAUGAAAAUGUGACUGCUCCCGCUACCAUGGAUUGGAGAAAGAAGGGUGCCGUUACUGGAGUUAAGGACCAAGGGCAGUGUGGUAAGUCGUAA